AUGCCGUUGUACCGUGGGCCAUGCACUGUUGUGGGGAAGGAAGAGAAACUGGUGUGCCACCAGCAAAAGGACCAGAAACUGGCUGGAGUUGGCGACUUCAGUGUGAGACAUAGAGGUGGUCUGGAGACCGUGGGCUUGGAAGGAAACCAGCAUGUGGAUCAUUUCAUCUUUGUCACAAUCUGCAUCCUGGGGUUUCAGCCACGCACUGAGUCUCUCGGGAGUGAGCCCCUCCCAGUGCACUGUGGGGGACAGCACGUCUUCCUGACAAAGCAAGAGCAUCCGUGGGGCUUCUGUUCUGAGCGGCCCACAGGCCACAGGGUGGAGGCGCCAGGAACCUGUGGGCCACAGGGUGGAGGUGCCAAGAACCGGCUGCUGCUGCUGAGGAUGGGGCCCCACCCACCCACCUCCCUAUGGACAAAUUCUUUUGCAUUUCAAAAGAAGGGAAAAACCACUAUAAAAGACAGGAAGAAGGGGCAGCAAGAUGGAUGGGGAAAGGAGAUAAUCCACAUAGCUGCUGAAGUUCCUGAGAGGCAUUUUUCAGGCACCUGCCUUCAGUGCAGAUCAAAGUCGCCAACUGCCUCCAUUAUGCCCAGGCUCAGUUGCUUGUGCAUUUUGAAGUAUCACACAUCACAGGCAAGUCUGCUUCUCCCAGAGGAAAUGACAGUCCCAGGGAACCUCUCAGCCCUGGGCAGGCAAAGCCAUGCCAAGAGUGGAGGAGAAAACCUCUUUGCCUGGGAACAAGUCUGUCUGUCAGCACUGUGUUCUGAUAAUGGACUCCUGGAUGCAGAAGUGGUUAAAAGCCAAGUUUCAAAACAAUACAGAAACAAGCUAAUCCUGAAAUAUAUUUAA